GCUGGAGACGGUACCCACUAGCACCUACUUUACAUCAAGACAGAGAGUGUUUACUUACUGCACUGCAGACUGAGGAGAACAGGAGAGUCUGUCAGUAUCUGAUCUGCAUCAAAGAUGACCAUCAAUAUUCUUCUAUCAACACAUUUCUUGCCAUGGAUUGCUGGAGUACUUCAGAGUGAGAUGUCCAAUUUAAGAAGGGGAUUCUGAUCAAUAUCUCCAUUGUUAAAGGUCUUUAUUGUGGCCUGAAAUUUGAAACUUGUGAGCGGUUAUCUGAGCCUCGGAGGGAUGACUCUGCGCAGGCCAGCUGGCCACCUAAGGAGAUCUGCAGACAGGAGGAGAUCAGGGGAUGAAUUGUACUGGGAGAGCUUGAUAGCAGAGGACCAGCUUUCGUCUGGUUUCUCUCACCCCCAGCGUGCACCCCGUCCCCAGAGCGCCGUUGAGGGAAGCCAGUUGGACAAGUGGCUGGAGCACCUGAGGGCAAUACAGAGCAGGCCUGGGACCCAGGUUCAUAAUCCAUCUGACCGGACAACAUUUGUGCCUGCUUUUGACAAAGCUCGAGCCGGGUCUGCCGAGAGGCGAUCUGGCACGCCCUCCUUCAGCAGGGACUCCUCUUCGUGUGGGAGUUCAAGCUUAUGUGAGAGCUCGCUGGGCAGCCAAGAGUCCCUCCAGACUUGGUUUUUUCCCUCUAUUGAGCGCAGACGAAGCUGGGAGAGAGCUCACAUCAUGCAGGCCCCAAGGAAGGAAAAAGCUCAAUUCAGUUAUCUUGCUCCAGUCAGAAUUGGGUGGCUGCCAAUCCGACGAAGAGUGAUGAAGGUGGAGGAUACCUGCGGCCCUAACCAGUUGUUGGACCACUCUUCUGACCAAUUGAAAAUGAAGCAGGCCAUCACCCCAACAUUUCAGAAGAAUCAAGCAGCUCCCUAUGGUGGUGAGGGGGAGGAAAGUCAUUCCAGUCGGAGGGCUUUGAGCGUGAAGACGUGGCAGACACCUGAUCAAGGCUCUCCUGCUCUCAAAGAGGUGCCAGGAAAACCGGGCUUUACUGCUAAUGAAGAGGACAGACCUUUCAGCUGGCAGGUUCUGAGAAGGGGCUGGAACGGGGAGUUGGCUCUCCCUGGACGGGAUAAGUUCAAUGAUCAUCCCGCUGGGACCAACUCAAACCCCAACAGGGAAUCUCCUUUGAUUAAUUCGAGCGGCAGAGAGCCCAGCAAGCAUUUGCCUCUGCACCGCACCACUUCUGCUGACCCCUGCCGUCGUCACGCUCGGCUACCGGGGACGAACAGGGAGGAUGCACUCAAGCCGCACGCUCCUUUGCAAAGAACAAACAGUCUUCAGCCUGUGAAGGCAACAUACCCUGCAUGUGGGAAAAACAGCGGUACACACUCGUCACACGUAGAGACGCAUUCGGCGGAGACAACGCUGAUCCCUCAGAACAAAGCCGGUAUCUCCUCUAUCACCAUCUCCUCCAGAAAGGUGACCAGGUCAGCCAGUCUACCUGCAUCCCACACCUGCGGCCUGCAUUCCAACUCCAGCAAGUCUCCCUUAAAUCAUCAGCCCAUGGACCCAAACUCCAGACAGCUAACGGUGCAAAGGAAGGCCACUAUAGUCAAGGUGACAGAAAAGAGGGUGAUAUCCAGCACUAGUUCGAGCACAAGAAGGGAGAGGACGCCGCCGGUUAGCUACGGUUUGGACACAGUCGUCCGCAGACGAAAAGCCACCAUCAUCAAAGUGACAGACCAUAAGGAAAGCUACAGCCCAGUCAAGCUAGGCUCCAGGUAUCCAGAGCACCGACACAGCUUCACAGAGGGAGCGUGGAAGGUCAACAGCACCUGGAGUCCAGGAAACCGCUCAGUAAACAAUGCAUCCCCUUCACAUCAUCUUUUGAAUUCCACCGUACCAAAUGCAUUUUCUUUAAAUGCAGAAAAACGCGGUCCUCUGCACAGAUCCACACUGAACCUUUUUCUGAACAAUCAACCCGUCAAAGCGGCGCCCGGCUCUUCUGAGGUUUCUCCGGCUGCGGUCGGACAGAGGCCGGCCAGGCCGCGCAGACCCCUGAGCUGCUACGGUGAUCUGACCGGUCACUCUGAGCCGUGCAGGGAGAACGAUGCACAAACAGCUGCCGGGAAGCGGGCCUCCGGGCCUCCAUGGGAGACCUAUAUCAACCCUGCGAACUCCGACAGCAGUCUCAUCAGCUCCCGAAAAUCGGUGAAAGAAGCAGGUCAGCGAGGGGGAGAGAGCCUGAAACCAAACAGGGAUGAAAAAGAGAUAUUGUCAGCAUCAGUAAAUGGACUGCGGAGAGCUUCCCCCAGUGUAACGCUCAUCAAGGCCCCAGAUCCCCUUUCCCAUCAGUCUCAAGAGGAAGUGCUUGCCCUCAACGCAGCUGCGAUCAUCGCAAAUAUCAAACUCCAGAGACGACUUAGUAAGAAGGAAAUAUCAAGUGGGGAUUCUGAGAAGGACUGCACUGCAUCACCCGGGGGAAAUAUUGUGAUGGAUGAGUGGAAAUGUGGAAAGACAGAUUCUGAUCAAAGCGAAGUCCGAGAAGGCAAGGAGCCGCCUCGUGCCGCAUUCGUUCCACUAAAGCUAGACAAUGAAAGGUCACCUGAAACAGUUUCUCUUCAGCAAGCGCUGCAGAGGUCCCGGCCAGACUUCAUCAGUCGCUCCCAGGGAAGAGUGGAGGAGCUGGAGCGAAAGGCACAAGAGCGGAGGCAGCGGUCGAGCAGUCGGGACGGACAGGGGGCCGCCGCACUCAGGCAGAGGGCCGGCCACAGCACCCAGGCCCCCUCUCUGAAUGGUAACUGUUUUAAGCCCAGAGGCAGAACCCUUCUGCAGAGAGAAUCACAGCCCAUUUACCAAAACAGACAGUCAGAUGUGAAGAAGAAAAAAGAUGAGAAGAGGCAGGAGGUCUGUUUGAGCAACAGAGAGCGAGUAGAGCUUUUCAAAAAGAAACUGAUGGCUCAGAUUCUUCAAAAGAGCAACAAGUAGAUGACUGACAGCGUAUGAAGAUGAAGACCUCGAAAAAGCCUCUAGCCUUACGAAAGUUCACGCUACCCUUUUGACAGUGCUGAAUAUCAAACCAUCAACAUUACUCAUGAUAUAGCUCUGCUUUUGCUCCACUUUCUUCCUCUCUUGUAUUACAUUUGACUUAUACGUCUCAACAUCUGUUUUUCUGGGAGCUACAUCCAUGCCAAUCCCUCAAAAAACCCAGGAGGUCACUUAACAUCAUUCAGUGCUGUUGUAAAAGGUUUUCCAGAACCUUCAGGACUCUUCUGCCCAUCUGGAAAAAAAAAAAAAAAGCAUACCUUUCUGCACAAUUAAAAACUCUUUUAACCUGUUUCUCUAAUCCAACAAAAGACAGAAAAGGUAAGUAAACGGGACUAUAUUUGUGGUCUUGACCCUUUUCACAUAUGAGCUUUCAACAUUUAUCAUUAAUUUUGUUGAUCUGUUGUUAA